AUGCGACUGUCGUUGUCCACAUCUAUUCCUCCUGGUAUUGUUGAAAUUGGACGAAAUGAUGCUUACAACAUGUUUGGAGGAGAGCCUGGCAGUGAUUUCGUCGUUGAUAGCAUCAGAGCUUACAAAGCCUUUCCGAAGUCUGAAAGGACUCUGGCCUCUGCAGAUGCUAUAAGACUUUCACGUGUGAAACAAUAUGAUGCGGCUGCUAAAGAAAAUUUUUCCAGUUAUUUUAUGGUCGUCUACAACAACGAUUUCAUUUGCAUUCCUACACAUGAUGUUUUCAGCAAGGAAAUGUCGCGGUACUAUUUUCAGAUCAGCUGUGAUGAAUCACCCUGCAUUUUGGACGCUACCUCUUCCUUCUACCAGAUCUCCUCCGUCACUACACAUCUACCAUAUGCUGCACAACCUCAGUUGUUCGAGCUUCCUCCACAAAUGCGUACUGUCGUAGUAAAGAUGCGCAAUGUAAUCUUAGCUCAUGAUGUUGUUGACGAUAAACCACUUGUUUUGCUUCUCUACGGUGCUGCCGGAAGCGGCAAACGUUUGGUGGCCACACAUGUCGCUGCAGAGACGCAUCGUAAUUUAAUCGAAACAAGUUGCUAUGAUUUAUGGAGUGAGAUGGCUUCAAAAUCGGAAGAGAGGCUCAACAACCUUUUUGAGAAAGUCACUUCGUUUCAACCUUGCAUUCUUCAUCUAACUUCCUUUGACGUGUUUGGAUAUGAUGUGGCGACGAACACAACA